AUUAAAUGUUUAUGCACUGCUUAUGAAUGUGUACCACAGGUUCCUUUCAAACAGAGCGAUACGAAGAAAGCCUUUGUUUUGAUCUAGUUUACACACCUUAGUUUCAUUUUUAAUUCAUCACAUGCUGAGAAUGUGACAUGUUUUUUUUCUUGGCUUCAUUGUUAUGGUCAUAUUGAUACCCCAAGUUGGACACGAGUGUAUGUCUUGUGACUGAAUGAGCGUUUAAAACUUCCCCAGUCAGCGCUCAUCACCACUACCUGAUCUUCUGCUUUUUUUUCCUUUCACAUAAAUGCAACAUCCUCCAACAUCUUCAAUUUCUUCCUAUAGAUCUCCACAUUCACCUUUGUUUUUGUUUUUUGGUUUUCUAACCAAAGGAAGAAAAUACAAGGGUUCUCCAUUGACACCAUCAGCGCUGAGGAAUAUAAACAUGUUUCAUGGUUUAUUAUUUACAUAAAGGUUCAUCUAGAGUGCUGGGAAGGUUUGGUACUUUUUGGGCGCUAGAUUUUGGGAUUGGGUAAACAGGAUAUAGCAUCAGGUCUCAAUGGCUGUGUGUGACUGUGUGUCACUGCUUUCUUAACACUCCUGUACAUCACUACUGAAGCUUACACAGUCUGAACUGUUGGGAAAGGACACCACAAUGGCCGGUACAAAUAAAUUAUUUCUUCUGGGGAACUUCUCUGAGUUUUAUGAAGAGGAAUUCAACUACACGGACACCCUGAACAGCACCUUCACGGUAGAUGAGACGACCAUAGCAUGCAAGGCUUUCAGCCUACCACUCGCUUACAACAUUGCCGUGUGCAUUUUAUACGUGCACAUCUUCCUCCUUGCCAUCCCUGGCAACAUAACUGUUGGGCUGGUGAUCAUCUCCAACCUGCGUUUUCUUUCUCCAUCCGACAUCUACCUGUUCCACCUGGUGAUCGCCGACACACUGAUGGCCCUCACCCUCCCCUUCUCCUCCAUCGACAUCCUCACUGGAUGGAUAUUUGGUGGCGCCAUGUGCAAGCUGGUCAACUUAGUUAGAGAAGCCAACUUCUACACCAGCAUCCUCUUUUUGGUCUGCAUCAGUGUGGAUCGCUACAUGGUCAUUGUGCGAGCGAUGGAGGCCCGGAAGGUCCAAAGGAUCAUGUGUAGCUGGGCUGUAUGCAUCGUGGUCUGGAUUUUGGGUGUCCUACUUUCCCUCCCUGCCUUGUACAAUGACGUCCAUUCCAUCGAUGGCAGUGGCUUGCAGAUUUGUGCUGAACGUUUCGAAAUAGACAGAGCAGAUGAAUGGAGGCUAGCGACUCGUGUAAUGAAGCACUUUCUUGGCUUUCUGAUACCUCUGUGUGUCAUGCUGACGUGCUACGGUGUGACGGUGGCCAGGUUGCUGCGUACGAGAGGUUUUCAGCGCCAGAGAGCCAUGAAAGUGAUUGCAGCUGUGAUGGCGGCGUUCUUAUUGUGUUGGACACCCUUCAACUUGGCCACCAUGGUCGAUACGCUUCUGAGAGCCAAUCUGGUGGAAAAUGGCUGCGCAGCUCAACAUGCCGUAAACUUGGCCAUGUUUAUCACACAGAGCCUAGCGCUGAUCCACUGCUGUGUCAACCCGGUGCUGUACGGCUUUGUGGGAGAGAAGUUCAGGAUGAGGCUCUUCCACAUGAUCAAAAAGACACGGCCGUUUGAGCGUGGCACGCCUUCGAGGUCCACCAGGUCCACCUCGCAGACUUCAGAGGGUGUGUCCCGCUUCCUCUGAGCAACAGCGCUUACAAAAUCACUGUCAACAUUUUCAAAAUAUGUAUUAGGAAAGGGAAGCCAAUGUACGUGCAAUAGUGUAUAUAUAUAAUAGCAGUGCCUCGUGACCAUAGACUUUGGUGGAGUAGGACGACAUCAGUAAUAACAUAGCCUCAAACAAAGUGGAGAGGCUGUUGCACUUGACUUAUGCUAAAGGCUACUAUAAUUUUCAGAGUCACCACAUAAUGCACAGUUGAGAGUCGACAACAUAGCCAUACAACAAACAGUCUAGCAGCUUUGUUAUAAGAAGUUUUAUGUCUUCACACCUUUUUGGUGCACAUGCAUUUCCGAUCUACAGACAUUAUGCACUCCAUAAUCCCACUUACCCUCUCCCAAGCUUUACAAUACAUUUUACAAUAGAAAUGGUUCUGAAUAUCGUAGACACAUUGUCUGCACUUACACUGUGCCUUUGUUUGUAAAAAUGUAUUAGAUUUGAUUCUGAUUAUCUGCUAUAAAACAAAAUCUUGGUGACCAAGAAUGUUUAAGAUAGACCAAUCUGGCAACCAUGUCAUUAACUGUUCUGUCUUCUGCUCCACCUCCGAUCAUGAGGCAGCGUGAUUCCUGACCCAAUGGGUCUGGGUUAGCAUUUGUUGCAGUUCCCAUUUUGACCACUAAUUAUUUGCAAUAAUAACUCUAUGGAGAUACAGUGUCCUCCAUUAAUAUUGGCACCCUUGGUAAAUAUGAGCAAAGAAUGCUGUGAAAAUGUCUUUAUUGUUUAACAUUUUAUUCUUUUGUUCAAAAGAUUCACAACAACAUUCUGCUCUCAUGGAUAGCAAACAAUUGCAAACAAACCACAGGUUUAUUCCAAAAGAAACAGCACUAUUUGUUAAAAAUAGGUGUGCAACGAUUAUUGGCACCCUUUUAGUCAAUACUUUGCGCUACGUCCCUUUGCCAAGAUAACAGCUCUGAGUCUUCUCCUAUAACACCUGAUGAGGUUGGAGAAUACAUGGCGAGGGAUCUGAGAGCGUUCCUCCAUACAGAACCUCUCCAGAUCCUUCACAUUUCGAGGUCCACGCUGGUGGACUCUCCUCUUCAGUUCACCCCACAGGUUUUCUAUGGGGUUCAGGUCAGGGGACUGGGAUGGUCAUGGCAGGACCUUGAGUUUGUGGUCAGUAAACCAUUUUUGUCUUGAUUUUGAGGUAUGAGUCUUCUUUGCUCAUAUUUACCAAGGGUGCCAAUAUUAGCUGAGUGCUCUGCCCUGCGAUCACACAGCAUCUAGAAAGGUGAGCAAAACAUCAGCUUAAAUCUGUAAAAUAACAUUUUAAAAAGUAUUGAUCACUCAAAGGAGAUCAUUAGUAUUGGAACAGAAUUUUAAACGUAUGGACUUUAUGAAGAUGAAAUUUUGUUGAAUGGCUGAUAUACACCGCUUACACACAGCUGAAAUAAACUUCAGUAGAGUUUAAUCCUAGAUUAUUAUUUGUUUGGCCUAAAAUAUUUAUUCAUUAACCUACGGAGAUGAUGCAUGAGGGUAAGAAAAACUUUUUUCAAUUGAUUUUUUUUUUUAUUUCCUGAAGGUCCUUUUGAUUGAUGACGUUUUAAACAUUGUUGAUGCCACGGAAAACCAAAAAUCUUAUCAUACUUCUCUUAUCUUACCAUUAUGUGGAAAGAUCUUUGUGAUGAAAUUUUUUUUUUUUUUUUUUUUUGUGGUAGCUUUAUUUUGUAUUUUAAAUUGUAAGCAUUUUAUGGAAGUAAAAAAAAAAAAGUCUUCAUUUUAUCUCCCGUUUCAAUUUCUGGAAUCUACUACUGUAUAUCUAAACUGGCCUCGGUGUAUUUCUCAGACUCAGAUAAAUGGAAAAGGACGGGGGAAGAUGACGACUAGUGAGUGAGGACAUACACUAAAUAAAAAGUGAUGCACUCAGGUGGAUUUUAGAAGAGAUUUAUUUUGUGGCACCAUCUACCGACAACCAAUCUCGUCCUAUCGAAAACAUUGCCCCAAAAUACCUUCUUUGGUUUUUGACUGUUCUACUGAAAAUGAUUAAAAGAACAUGUGGAAAUUACAGCGUAGAAACAACACCAGAUCUAGCCUUUUCUCCUACAGUAAACCUCCUGUACUUCAUCAAUAUCCCUAAACUCAGAAUGUAGCAAGCUGGCUAGUAGCUUUAAAAAACAAACAAACAAACAAAAAACCCCACAUGAUCCUAAUAGGAUCAUUUGGUUUAUUUGAUGUCUGAGGCACUUAAGUAUGAUAUUGCAAUAAUGACUACAAUUUUUUUUAUUUUUUUUUUUAUGAACAUCAUUAUAGCUCAAAUAUGGUACAACCAUGUUAUUAUAGUAAACAAUAACCGUUUACAGGUACACUGUUGUUGUUAAUUGUGCUUGAAAUGUAGUUUGUUAUGUUACAUAUUAUGUUAUGUUACACCACAUAAAAAAAGACAUUGUGAAUAAGCUAACAAUAAAUUCAAACGUAUGCAUGAAUACAGGUUUGAUCACUCAGGUUUGCAGUGUUAACAUAGACAUACUGUAGUGCUGUGCCUAUGCCUAGUGGGUUACUAGCUUUUGUAUUAUUAUUAUUAUUUUCCUUCCAGUUUAGAUGCUUUUAGUCAUCAUUUAUAGAUCUUACUGUGACUGAUUAUUUUCUCUUACAAUACAAUGUCAAGUGGUACACAUGAGAUGUAUUAUUUAUUAUCGCUCCGGUCCUGUUUAAGAAUAACAUGUGAAAGGUGGAGAUGUUAGCCACACUACUUUGUCGACCCACCGAACAAGUUCACAUCUGUUCAGAAAACAAAACCUUAGCAGAAAGCGAAGACAACUUCAGCUUUGGUCCAAAAUAAAAUAUCUUUAUGAUAAUUCUACUGAAACUGGUUAAAAUAACAUGUUAGGAAUGGAGGAAAUGACAUCUUAGCUUAAUAAAACCAGAGCUAUCCUUAUUUUUCUUUAUUAUUCUUCACCGGCUGUGAUAUCCCUCAGGAGGAUGAAGUCGGUUUCUCAUUCACAGCUUCUCGUUGGAGUUCCACUUUAAAUGAUUGCAGAUGCAACAUUGAGCCUGUAGAGGACGCUCAUUAUUCACUUCAGAACCAUGUGCCGUA